GCGAAUUCAAUUUCCCGAUCCUCGAGGCGUGUCAUCAUUUUCCGCGCCAGCAAUAUUCUUGGUGACACUUGGAGCGGAAUCACCGUUCGCAAGAUGAUCACAGACUGGGUCUCUCAGCUCAAGAAAACCCAGGAAUCGGACCCCACUGGACUAUAACUUCGGCAGACGCGGGACACGUACGCAGCCCACCUAAACCCUACCUCUUCCCGCGAGCAACAUCUCUGCUGUCCAUUGCGAUGUCUACACCGACCCUGCAGUCCUUCAGCGCCGGGCGCGCAAAAUCAUAUGUCUACAGGCUCCCCCUAUUCACACGGCUUGUCAUUCUAAUCCUGGUGGGCACCUGGGCGGCGGGCGUGGUGCUGGGGGCGAAAUGGGACAUCCAAGCCUGGGGGGCCCUGGUGCCGGAUGAGGUCGGGUUGACAAGCUUGUACCGGACCAACACGUACCCGCUGAUCCACCUCAACUUCCUGCACAUGAUCAUGAACGUCCUCGCGAUCACGCCGCUCCUGGAGCGAUUCGAGAGCGAGUACGGGACAUUGACCAGCCUGGCGCUCUUCUUUGGACCCUUCUCGACCCUCCCGGCAUUCCUCUACAUCCUGAUCGAAAAGGCGAUCCUGCACUCCAACAACGGCGUGAUGGGCGCGAGCGUGUGGUUCUUCCUGCUGCUGGGCGCAGAGGCGAUGCGCACGUACCGGAGCAACCCGCACUUCACCAUCGCGACGUACAACAUCCCGACGUGGUCGACGCCCCUGAUCCUGGUGGUGGUGAUCGCGGCGCUGGUGCCCAGCACGAGCCUCAUUGGGCAUGUGGCCGGGCUGGCCGUGGGGUACGUCUGCGGCCUGGGCUACCUCAAGUUCCUGUCGCCGCCCGAGAAGGCGCUGCGGUGGAUCGAGGCCCGCCUGAAGCUGCUGCAGAGGCUCCCGCGCUACGUGAGCGUCGACCAGAAGACGUACGGGCGCUUCGGGGUGCUCCCCUCGGCGGGUGCCGGCGCAGGGCCCUCGCAGGGCGUGCCACUGGGGGUUAUUGGGACUGGCGGCGCCGGGCAGAGGCUGGGGCCAUAGAUGGUGCGGUGUCUGGCUUGCUGGCUCAAAUGCUUUGUUUCUACGCUGGGAUGAUUUCUCGGCAUGGGCGCGGUGCGGUGGUGCAUGCCACGAUGGCUUUUGAAAGAAACUGGCUGGCGUUGCUGGUAGGGCAAAUAUUACGGUCUGGUCGGAGUUUCUGCUUUGGUAGCUUGCAGGGCCAUUUAAUCAUUCAUCUAGUCAGAAGAAGGCUGGAUAUUAAAGCAAGAUAGACUGUUGUUUACCGUGAUGAUAUUCCAUUGGGGUGUAGAAUUAAUGGCAGAGCAACAAG